ACACUCAAAAAUGUACAGGAGUGGUCCUGCAGCACCUUAGAGACUCGCCAGGAAAUACAGACAGUAGCGUAGCAGGAGCUUUCGUGGGCACAACCCUCUUCUUCACAAGGGCGUGCGUGGGUGGUGCCCACGAAAGCGCCUGCUACUGUCUGUGUUUGUGGUGAGUUCACGGGCUGAGCAGGUGCAGAAUGACUGGGGAGUGUGCUCUGGCCACUCGGAGGCCCACUGGCACUGUUUGCAUGGAAGCGGGACUUGGCUGCUGAAACAACAAAUGGUCCUACAGCACCUUGGAGACCAACAGAAACGUAGAUAGUGUCAUGAGCUUUCAUGGGCACAACCCGCUUCUUCGGAUGACUGGAGCAAGGGCUGAUGGUAAUAUCCCUGUGGCUGUCGCUGGGGGGAGAUGGAGAGGGGGUGAAAGCCCAGGCUGGCCCGCGGAGGCACAGCACGAGACCAGGGCUACUAGAGCAGCACAGAGCUGCGAGAAUCAGAGAUGCCUUGAGGCAGCAAUUUGAAAGUCAGCGCAACUUGUUGCCAUGCACAGGAGGGCAGUGGCUGUGUUGCUAGGGGGUUACUGAUUGGUCUGUGCGCUGCACUUAGGGCUACAGUGACUGGAGAUUUGCUGGGGAAUGCUUGCUCGCUCGCUCGCUUUCAUGGCAUGAACUAAAGAUUGCUUUGAAACAUGCAUUUCAUGUAUUAAACCCAGUAAAAUAGGACACGUGAAGCGUGCAACGUCUGCACUGGGUGGGAGAUAGGGAGGGAGGCAGGCCCCGGUCUGCAUACGUCCAAAGUUAAUACGCAGCUGUGCUGAACUGUGCAAGGGGGACUGUGGUUCAUCAGGGCUAAACUGCACGCGGAUGGGCGCUGAGUGCAGCAGGAGUGGAGGUUGGCUGGGCAGGUGUGGAGUGCGGCGAAUGGCACCUGGAGACAGGGUGGUGUCGUCAGUGAUGCGCACGCGUGUGUGUAUUGAAAACACUUUUGGGAACUGGUCCAUGGGCAGUGCUGGCAGUGCCUCCAGUGUGUCCACAUGCUGCUCCGUGAUGCUUAGGUGCUGCUGUGCACUCUCCCUCCCCUCCCGCCUGCCGCUCGUCCCUCCCCUCCCGCUCGUCCUUCCCCUCCUGCAAUUUUUUGUGUUUGGUGUCAGUGUUACUCCGGGCAUUUCACAAAAACUCUCUCGUCUUUCUCGGGUGCUUCCCGGCCCUUUUCAGACUCUCUCUGCAGCAGUUAGAACCUAGAUGGGCAUUGCAAGGCCCGCUCUACCAAGCCCAACUCGCAAUGUUACAAAAGGUCGUUUUUACACUAGACCUGUGUUUCUCAAAGUGACUGCAGGCCGCUUUGAGAGCUACUAAUGGGCCACUCCCGCUUGUUUACUUAGCAGCUCUGUAGCCAGGGAGCCUCCGAGAGGCGCUGAGAACACCGCGCAUCGACGCACAAACAGGAAGGAGACUUUCGCAUUCCUUUGGAAAUGCGAAGGGCGGGCCCGAGGGCUGGUCACCUGAGCAGGGCUGUAGAGUUUGAGCUGAGAGCUGGAAUCAAGAUGACGACAGCUGCCCCACUGGGUGAGAAUACUCUCUCUCCAACAAAUGUGACCACAAAGUCUCAAGAAGAAAUUCUUUAUCAGAGUUCCGGAGCAAUAGUAGCUGCCAUCGUAGUUGGAGUGAUUAUUAUAUUUACAGUGGUCCUGCUUGUGUUGAAAAUGUAUAACAGACACAUGAGGGCAAAACGAGAGCUGGAAUCCACAAGCACCAAAGCCAAGACCCCACCUGCUUUCGGACCGACCAGUAACACUGCUAACCAACCCACGACGAUAACUAUCGUGCCAAUGGACAUCCAUACGCAGAACAGAUAACUGUUGUUUGCCCCGCUUAUGUCUCCUAGAAUGGGACCUGACAACCAGACUCCUUAUUCACAUUGACGUAUGACUCUCUACCAGAGAGGGGGCUGGCACUGGGAUAGUGACAAUGUGUUGUUUUUGCUGUGGAGAUGAAACCAAUGACCGUGUGGGUAACUGGACACAUUUUAUUUUAUUAGAAGGAACAAAUAAAAGGCUGGGAAUCUCUGAAUGGCUGGUCUAACAAUGGGAUGGCAUCAAAUCAGCAGGCAGGGAAAAGAGGAGUUAAUUUUUUUCUGUAGAACUGUUGAUGUUAAACAGCAAAAAUACCCUUUAGAGGGAUUAAAAGGUGCAUGCCCCUUUAUUUUAAUUAGACAUGAGCUGUCUGGUGAGCUUUCUUUUCCUCUCCUGCAGUGAUCAGUAGUAAUGAAGAUAAAAGCUCUGGAUGUAAAGGCUACUAUUAUGUUUCAUUCUUGGAUUUAUUAGGCUUGUUGUACAUGCUCAUUUUUAUUUUAAGCAUGAGGAAUAGCACGUAAAGUAACAAAAUUGUAUUCAGACUUUACUGGCCUUUUUGAGUCCCAGUUAGACAAAUACACAUGGACUCAGAUACAGCAGAGGAUGACUGGGAUAUGCUGUUUAAAAGAAAAGAUUUCAUGUCCUCUAGCAACUUGAUAGACUAUGUACCUUUCCAACGUAAUCCCUCUUUUCAGGGACUUUAACUCAGUAGUCAUACUUGUGCUGGGUUCUCCGCUUGGGCAUACUUUAUUUAUUUAUUUAUUACAAAAUGAUGGGAUGGGGAGAAAAAUCAAUUCUAUUUUUCAGUUACAAGAAGGCAAACAGGAAAGGAAUAACUAGUGAUAUUGUACGUGUGGCUGCUUUUCUUUAAAGAGAGAGAUUUUAGAAAAGAACCGAAAUGUUGCAAUCCAUAAUGUAGAUUACAGACUUUGGCUUUUUUUCAGAAAAAUAAAUGUUUAAAACAACCGCAAGCUGUUUGGUUUUGCAUGAGUAAC